AAAAUACCGUCCGAUUAGUAGCACUACAUUGGUAACGGAUUCCGAUAAGAAGCUGACGGAUCGCCACUCCGCGUCCCUGCGACCCCGGCACUUAGAAAGCUCCGUUUUAGGAGUCUACUGGGUGUCGUAGUUUACUCCGAAGCCACCUACUAUCGGAGCCAUUUGACGCAUCGCGUUACUCGGGUUUUCAAUCAUGCGGGUUUUCCGCAAAAUUGGGAGGCUCUCACGGACGCGAUGAGUGACUCAUCGCAAUCGCACGGUCCAGCAAUGGCGACGUCAGCUGAGGGAAAUCUCAAGCGUUCAUCUGCACAACCAGUCACGCCAGGACGAUGCGGAUUCUCGAAGCACCCACCAACGAGUCGUCUGCGUCGCCAGCUGGCCGCCUGCUGGUCGUUAGUCCUCGCGACCGUUGCGACGGGUGGUUACCACGCCAAACUCGCGACGGCCGCCAGUCCUGGGCUGUGGGAGCUGGUGUCACUCAAGCGCGUCCUAGCAGGGUCUUCCCCGGGCGCCCUCGCCGCGUACAGUGACUCGGGGGAUCCGUGCAGAGGGGGGUGGGGCGACAGGGUGGCGUGCAACGAGCAAGAUCAUAUCAUUGCACUCAACUUUACAGGAGAGGGUCUCAAGGGGACCCUCCCCGGCAAGGAGCUGUCGACUUUUCGUACACUAGUGAGCCUUGACUUUGGGCAGAACAGUUUCACGGGCCAUAUACCCCCAGAAUUGGCAUCACUAACUUCCCUAACUUAUCUGUCACUGGCAUCCAACAACCUCACCGGCGCUGUACCGUCGUGGCUCGGCCUCUCCUUUCUUAACCUCGUCGAACUGCACCUCAGCAACAACCACCUGGAAAGAGCCCUGCCUGAGAGCAUUGGCGGCCUUCAGGUGUUACAAACAAUGGAUCUGAGUGGCAACAGACUAACCGGCAGCAUUCCACAGAGUAUCCACGGCUGCAAUGCCGCCAUGCGCCUGAAUGUCUCCUUCAACUCUCUCACCGGCAGCCUCCCAGCAUCCAUCGGUUCGAUGAGAACCCUGCAAGCGCUUGACCUCCAGUCGAACCAUCUGUCCGGCUCCAUACCUGAAGCAAUCGGCCACGCCACCACUCUCACUCUCCUAUCUUUGGACGGCAAUCUCCUCUCCGGACCAAUCACAUCAUCCCUCGGCAAGCUGCCCUUGUUACACAGCUUAGGUCUCUCCAAUAACAAGCUAGAGGGCCCCAUCCCUGAGUCGUUUCGACAGCUGCCAAGCAUUGCCUUCUUUGACGCCAGUCACAACACUGGGAUGAACGGGCCUCUUCCGGACUUCCUGGGCGAUAUAACUACACUCCAAUCACUGUCCCUCCAAAAUUGCUCCGUCUCCGGCCCCCUCCCCCCCUCCCUCACAAUCCUCCCUCUCCUCUCCUCCCUCCUCCUCUCUCACAACGCGCUCUCAGGCGCCCUCCCUCCCCUCCUCUCCGCGCUGUCCUCCCUCUCCACCCUCCACCUCUCCAACAACCUCCUCUCUGGUAACAUCCCCGAGUCAAUCUGUAACACGCGUGUGCUUGCUGAUCUGGACCUCUCGGCCAAUCAUCUGCAAGGGAGAAUACCCUCCUGCCUCGUGGAAAUGCCCACGCUGCAAUUUUUGUCACUGGCGUUCAACAACCUCUCUGGCCCUCUUCCCCAACUACCUGCCGGCAGCGAGCUACAGUUCAUCUACAACCACAACUGUUUGGACAACGCCCCUCAGCAAGCAUGCGCCCUGCACCCUCCUGGCAGCAUCUCACCGGCCCCCGUCCCUACUCCCAGCAGCAGCAGCAGCAGCAACAGCAGCAGUGGCAGCAGCUAUACCUCGUCCUUAUCGCCUCUCACCUACACGCUCGUAGCUCUGCUCAUCCUCACGGUUGCUUCCAUCGUGCUCUUCUCUCUCUUCGGCACGGUUCACCACAUCACUGUCAAAGCAAGCAAGAAGAAACAGAUGACUCAUCUACCCGAGUUCACAGUCUCAAGACUGCGUGCCUCAACGAGGGGCUUUUCCACAGAGCACGGUAGAGGGAGCUUUGGGACUGCUUAUAUCGCGUAUGACCUGUUUCCAGAGGGGAGCGGAGGAGCAGAAGGAUCCCCUGGAGCAGCACCCAACAAGCAUGGGCAUGGGCAUGGGCAUGGGUACAUGCAGGCGAAUACCCAUGUCAUGCUGCCAUCCAUCCCCCAUCCGGAGAGGCAUGGGCUCGUCAAAAGAGCCAGGGACCCUGACAGUUUCCCGGAAGCUGCAUUCUGUCAAAAGAUCGCGCUGCUAGCAGCAGCGAGCAACCGGCACCCCUGCAUGGUGCACGUGAAGGGGUUCUGUGCAAAUGGUGGGGAGCGGAUGGUGGUGCUCGAGCUGGUUACAGGGGGCACGCUGCACCAGCGAAUGCUAAGAGGAGACCUGGACGCGCUGACAUGGGAGGAGCGGGUGCGAGUGGCAGUGGACGUGGCGUCUGCCCUGUACCACCUUCACUUUAAUCACAACCCGCCCUUUGUGCACCGCGCUGUGACCUCCUUCAAUGUGCUUCUAACGGAAGACAUGACUGCAAAGCUAUCCGACCUAGGUUUGGCCCGAGGCAGCUCCGAUGCUUCGGGCUUUCGCCCGCUGCAGUCGUCCCUAGGCGUGGCGACGACGGCAGACGUACUGGCCUAUGGCGUGCUGCUGCUGGAACUUAUAACGGGGCAGACUGCAGAUGGGACAACACAGAUCGUCGCUACAGCUGCUCCCUUCCUAGACGACCCACAGAUGAUGCCGCUCAUGGCAGACGCCCAGCUGGGAGGGCACUUUGAUCGGUUGCAGCUGGAGGUGCUCGCCUCGCUGGCACGGGCUUGCAUACAGGACGACGCUGCCGCCCGCCCCACGAUGCCCGAGAUACGGCAGGCUCUGGAGCAGCACCUGCAGGUGGAUCCUCAGGUGUUUGAGCCCCUGGACGUGGAGGUUGGGGGCGUGACACUAGGGGUCAGUGACUAUAUGGAGGGGGGGCAGAUGCUGCUGCUGCUGAUGGUGGUAAUGCUGCUGAUGGUGGUGGUGGUGCUGCUGCUGCUGGGGAUGGUGGGUAUGGGGCUAGUGACAAUGAGUUUGCUUCUGCUCCUCUUGCCACUCCCCUUGCUGCUGCUGCACUGGGAACUCCUCGGAAUACUGCGAGUGACUGGGCGGCAAAGAUCGUCGCUACUUUUGGUGCCACUGCUGCUGCCCCUGACGCAGGUUCUUAUAGCGAAGGGCAGGCGGGGCAGGGGGAGGCGGACAGCAGUGUGCUUCUAGAGAGUGGGUUUUCUGCCCCAGUGCCUAAGGGCAGCAAGGCAAAGACAAGGCCACGACAGGGGGCACGAGGGAGAGGAGGGAGAGGAAGGGGGGUAGGAGUGGGAGGAGUGGGGGGAGGAGCAGGGGGAGGAGCAGGAUCGUCUGUAUCAGGAGCAGCAGCAAGAGGGGGGGGAGGUGGAGGGGUGGGAGGAGCAGCAGCAGGAGCAUGGGCCGCGGUGGGGGGUGUGGUAGAGUCUGUGAAAGGGAGUGUGUCAAGGGGGGUGUGUGUGGGGGUUCCGGGUAGUGUGAGUGAGGUGAGGGAUGUGGAAGCUGCUUCUCUGCUUAUAUCGAGACCAAGAAUGGAGAAUGGUGAUGGUUAUUAGCAUUAACACUUAGUGGAUCAACAACA